UGCAGUGGCUGCCCCUUCAAUGUUCGGUGGCAGUUUGAGAAAUUAUUGGAUGCUCAGGCCGCCUUUCCUUCAGCUGCUAAACUUUCCAUCGCAUCAGCAGCAGGAGCAGAUCCCGCGACAGGUGGUACAGUUUGAGUGUCCUCCGGGUCACCGACUUAGUCUAAGACCCCGCCGUUUGAGGUCACCAGCGGCUGUUCCAGAUGGCGAGGGUGCCAUUGCCCAGGUACCAAGGAAUGGCCCCUCAACGGAAGUGAUUUUCAUGCGGCGUUGCUACAUGUUGGCCGGAAUUUUCUCCUUUUCCACCUCAAUACAGGCCUUGAUCCUGACAAAGAUCAUUCCUCCAAAUGAAGAUCUCAUGAUGGCCGGCUUCAUUUGCGCCAUGGUGUCCCUGUUGUUUCUUUUUUUCCUUUGCCUCGGAGCCAAACUGAGGAAAUUCUACUGGUUCAGCUUCAUUCUGGCCGUGUUAUUUGCAGAGUUUGCAGGCUUGGGUGUCAUUCUGGUUCUGUUGGAUCGGAGUAUACAGUACGUGGGCAUCGCCCUUCUAGUCGCCUCCACCACGAUUGUCUUCUGUUAUUUCUUUGGAGCCUGGCUGCCCAAGAUCGUCCUUCCAGGCGAAGCCGCCAUGCUCCUCCUGCUCGUCGUCUUCUCGGUUGCCUCUGUCUUCGUGAUGACUAUGUUCAUUUUUACGGACAAUUGGAUCUACGGAACGGUUUACUUCUUCAUUAUGGCCAUCAUGCUGGUGCCCACCUGCCUGUACCAUAGUCAAGUGGUCCAUGGCAGGAGAUUCAGGCUGCCCGUCCACGAAUUUGUGAUCUGCGCCGUUCACGUCUAUCUGCACUUUCUGUUGUUCCUCGCCGCCUUCUACGGCCUCAUCUGGACACCCCUUUGGCAUGGAGUUUAGAGCUUAAUUCACUUUUAAAGGGAUCACCAUCAAAAUGGCUCUAAUUGAAGUGAGAUGACUUGGUCCUUCCAGCUGGUUUUUAUUAGGAGCUUGUA